UUCAAUAAUCUUGGAAGCAGUUUAUGCGCUGGACGUCUAACGGCCGAACGAGAAGAAGAAGAGACUCCGGUGUGUUCUGCUCCACAGAAGAAGAAGAGAGGAGGAGGACAGCUCGACCCACAAGCAGCGAUGAGCUUCUUUGGUUUUGGUCAAAGCGCGGACAUCGAUAUAGUUCUGAAUGACGCCGAGACGAGAAAGAAAGCGGAGCACAAGAGCGAAGACGGCAGGAAGGACAAGUAUUUCCUCUUCUACGACGGAGAGACGGUGUCCGGGAAGGUCAACGUGACGCUCAAGUACCCGGGGAAGAGGCUCGAACACAACGGCGUCAAGAUUGAGUUCAUCGGCCAGAUAGAGCUGUACUACGACAGAGGGAACCACCAUGAGUUUGUGUCCCUCGUCAAAGACUUGGCUCGGCCAGGGGAGCUCACGCAGACCCAGACGUUUGACUUUGAGUUCACGCAUGUGGAGAAACCCUACGAGUCCUACACCGGUCAGAACGUCAAACUACGCUACUUUCUGAGGGCGACAGUCGGCCGGAGACUGAACGACAUCAGCAAAGAGCUGGACAUCGUGGUGCACACACUCAGCACCUACCCCGAGCUCAACUCCUCCAUCAAGAUGGAAGUGGGGAUCGAGGACUGUCUGCACAUAGAGUUUGAGUACAAUAAAUCCAAGUAUCACCUUAAAGAUGUGAUCGUGGGGAAGAUUUACUUCCUGCUGGUGAGGAUCAAGAUCAGACACAUGGAGAUCGACAUCAUCAAGCGGGAGACGACCGGCACGGGGCCGAAUGUCUACCACGAGAACGACACCAUAGCAAAGUAUGAGAUCAUGGACGGCGCGCCGGUCAGAGGAGAGUCCAUCCCCAUCAGGCUGUUCCUAGCGGGCUACGAGAUGACGCCCACUAUGAGGGACAUCAACAAGAAGUUCUCGGUGCGGUACUACCUCAACCUGGUCCUCAUCGAUGAGGAGGAGAGACGCUAUUUCAAACAGCAGGAGAUCACCUUGUGGAGGAAGGGCGACAUCGUGAGGAAGAGUAUGUCUCACCAGGCCAUCAUCGCCUCCCAGCGCUUCGAAGGCUCCUCAAAUCCAGAGAAGAACCCGACCCAGAGCAACGAAGAGGACGACAGCUAAAGCCCAGCAUGCACCUCACCCAACGCGCUGUGAGUGUCGGAGCGGACGCGAGGCGGAACCUGUUCAUCCGAUUCUGAAUGUGAAUGUGUGCGUUUGAGAUGAAUGCACCGCGGUGGUUUUUUCAUAAUGUGUGCGCUUGAGGCUUUAAAAUAUGACUGUGUGUGUGUGUGUGUGUGUGUGUGUGUGUGUGUGUGUGUGUGUGUGUGUGUGUGUGUGUGUGUGUGUGUGUGUGUGUGUGUGUGUGUGUGUGUGCGCCAAGGGAACAAACAGUCCGACUCAUACUGUAGUUGCAGGUAAUUCUGUUUGUUUUAACUACCUUGAAGUACCAGCUGGGUGGAGUUUACCACAUUAAGACUGAUCGCAAAAUCUACUUUUAAGUGCUUAAUUCAACCUUUAUGGCAUUUAUUAUUCAGUUCAGUGGGGCAAACUUCACCCAAUAGAUGCACUUAAAUAUAAUGUACAAAUACUGUACGACCAAUAUCUUGAAUUCAUGCGAGUGUGUGUGUGUGUGUGUGUGUGUGUGUGUGUGUGAAUGUACGGUAUGAGAGCCACCACGGGUGUAUUUCUAACAACCUUUCCUUCUAACUACUUACUCAGCUGGAAGAAACCUGUUCAUCUCUGUAUGUCUCCUCAAAAGACUGUGACAUUUGUUCAUUUAAGAUUCACUGCCGUGCCCCUCUCAUUUGCUUUGAAUUAAAAAAAGAUUGUGUUAUUAAAAAAACGAGCAAUGACACUUUAACACCGGAAAAAAACAAGCAAAAAUCUUUAAAACGCUCUAAAUGAAAGGAAAUUAAUUUACAUAUUUGAAUAAUGAGGAUGAAAUAUUUUCAUACAUUCCAAAGCUCUCAUCAGAACUAGGCAUGACUGUAUUUAUUUUUUAACAAAGUUCCACAUCUUUUAAACCAGCGUUCACCACCUUGGAUGCACCAGCAGGCCAGGCUCGGUGUCGGGCGCUGCCACUGCUGCUAAAACCAACGUGGCUCUUUUCUUUCAUCGCUGUAGCCGCUUCCGGUAGUUAGAAGCUCUACUUUCUUAUUUGCACUAUCGAUCUCAUUCUGAUUUUUUUUUUUCCUGCUCUCAGUGCUGUUUUUGAACUGGACUCAUGGCAUCACUUCAAACAAGGAGAGUGUUAAACCUGUGUUUAAUUACAAAGGAAACAUAGAUGCUUGCGAGUCCUGCGUCUGAAAGGGACAGCUCACCCCAAAAAUCAAAGACACAUAUUUUCCCUCUUACCUGUAGUGUUAUUUAUCAAUCUAGAUGGUUUUCGGCACUCGGCUUGUGAUUCUAAAAGCACCCAAAAAAUAAUACAAAGUUGGUGGAUUACCUUCUGAAAAGAGAAAAAAAAAUGUAAAUGUAUAUUUUUGGAGCCUUUAUCACCACAAGCCGAGUGUCAUAUAGUUCCUUCGUAUUGGAGAGACAUUAUAUUGUACAAUUCUGCAACUCACACCAAAACUAUUUAGAUUAAUAAAAGGUUCAACAGGUAAAAAAAAUAUGUGUUUUUGAUUCUGAACCGUCCCCAUAAUGAGCUGUGGGGACUGUCUGCCCUGUCUGGUUAGUUAGCUUUGUGCCUAAGGGUUUUUUGCCAAAAUGUUACCGUGCAAUAUAAGGAUAUAUACAUACAGGAAGACUUGCCACAGUGUACUGAAUCACUUUUCAUGAAGGAAAAAAAAAAAUGCCAAGAAGGUUUUAAUUAAUGUUAAUGCAAAAAAUGAAUUGUGACUCUGUCAUAUUGAGCGCUUUGAUUAAAGUUCAGAAACAGAAGAUUCCUAAACUCUUUGUUUUCUAAACAAGCAUAAUCAUUUUUUUGUAUUGCUCCUGGUUGGGGGGAGUAGAUAAUUGACUUCCUGUUCUAUUCUUCCUUUUUAUUUUGAUUCCCUUUUCUAAAAUACAUAUUCUCCGUCCUGAAAAGGAGCAUGCUUAACGAGUGAGUGCAGAGUGUGAAGUCCUGGAUCUGAACCCCAGAGAUCGUCAGCCUCACGCUCGCGUCUUGCAGCUUCGCAAAAAAUCUAUCACUGUGUAUCCAUAUAAAAGUUUUAGACAUUUUUAUAUUUCAUACUUUUACUGGCAGAGGCAGGUGCUGCUGUUGUUCUGAUGCGACAUGUCCACUGUGGACAGACUGCUGUUCAGGUGACUGCUAGAAUAAAGGAUAAGCCCGCCUAACGUGCUGAUAUGAACUGAAAAAGAAAGAAUAAGAGUUAUUAAUAUUUGUUUUAGACCUUCCCUUUCCCUUUGCAAAAAAUUGACAAUACUCUCCAUCGCUAAUCUCUCAACCCUGAUUUCUAUCUUAAUAUGUUGACAGCUCAGUCAUUUUUUCACAGCCCAAAUCCAGAAUUAUUGUAAAAUUUAUCAAAUUGUGUUUUCUGUUUCUCGGAAGGGAAGACGGCAUCUUGUUUGGGUUGUGCUUAUCAUGCAUUAUAUCAUACAUUACCUUUAUGUACUUUUGACAUCUCUGUUGAGGGAACACAAUAUGCUUGCACUCAGGGUCAAUGAAGACACGUGAUAGGGCGCCAAAACUCCUGGGAAAGUUCUUGUUGAUGCAAAGAUUGUGGCCGUGCUAGCUGAAAAUGUUUGAACUUAGCGCAAAAAUGGUGCAUGUAUCCAAAUCUUUGUGAUCCUUCUUCAUGAGACCAGAAGAAGGAGAGAGAGACUUGAGGAAACUAAGAUAAAGCAGUGGCGUAACUGCUGAGCUGAACGCCAACACAGUUUCUAGCUACUCUGCAGCUAACAUACAGUUGGUACUAUGGCUGUUUGAGGUGUGUAAACCCAAACGACCCGGUGGUCAAAUUGGCGCGUAUGGAGCAGGGUGAAAAUGUAUGACUUAACAUAUGUUUAGAGAGAUAAGGUUAAUCCCUACUGACUAUAAGAUCCACAUCUACUGACAUUUUGGUCCUACUAGCCACUAGAAAACAAAGCCUUGAUACAGACACAUGGACAUGAAUGCAUUUUUCUGAUACAAACUGAUGUAACAAGAAAAUGAAGUGAAAUAUGGAUUUUUAAAUUGUCUUAGUUGUAGCGAAUGUAUUCUGCAUUAUGUUUGGCCUCCUUUAUUUUUGCUGUUACCUCCAUUGAGACAGUAUCACUUCUCUGAAAUCUGUUGAAGGAAAAAAAAACAAAGCACCAUUCAGGAAACCCAAAGCAAGUUGUGUUGCAGAAGUGAGUGAGCAUUUUUUUCUCUUCCCGUUCCCUCGUCACAAAGUCGAUAUUAUAUUAUUAUUGUUUUAAUUUAGAUGCCUGAAAUAAUGUCUGUGUGCUGAAGAGAUUUUAACGUUUUGUUCUUCUGUCUUUAAAAAAAGGAGUUUGCUAAUAAGAAGCUAAAUGAGACGACUAAACACGAGUCCUCCUUUAUCUUAGGGGUGGGGUCGUCACCACAUGAAGUCAUGUGACCGUGGUGUAGUUCGUUGAUAGCCUAACGUUAGCUUUUGACUUCUGGUUUAAGCUUCACUUUUGUUUGGCACAGAGUUUAUUUUCAGCAUUAAUCCAAAAACCAACAGAAAAGUUCCAUUGGCUUCUUGUGGAGGGAACCAGUGUGACGCUAACUUCCUGGUUGGCCUACAAUACUACGUCUCCACCCCUGCGUCACUCGUUGGGCUGUGAUUUCUUAUUGGUGCAGUACUGGUGCAGACACACAGCAGCCAAACGAACCCAGUUUGUAAAGUGAGAUGGAAACAGGAAAGAAUGAUGAAAUGUACAGUGUAAAUGCAAUCCUGCUCUGCUUUUUGUUUAUUUUCAUGUCAUAUUUGAUCUCCCUGUCUAUAAAUGUUGAUAUAAUCAUUUUAUAUAUUCCUGUUUUACUUUGAAUUAAAAGGGAGUAACUGAAAAACA